AUCCCUGUGAAACUUUGACGGUUUACAUAUAGUUCCGCAUGUGAACACACAGAAACGUGCGAGCCUAUGCGCUUCUGCCUGUUUUGUUGAACCAACGAAAAUAUUUAAUGUUCUUGUUUAAACUCGUUAACUCGCCGUGAAAGUUCACAAGUGUGAUUGUGAGGUGUUGCUAACUGAAUACAAAAAUGUCACAAUGUUAAAGGUUUAAGAAGAUAAACAAACCCUUGAGAUUCUGUGAAAGCUAAGAUGGGAACACCAUGUGAAGGAUGUUCUCUGGACAACCAUGGUGUUUUUCAUCCAUGUGCAGAGGAAAUACAGAAAUGGAUGCAGAAAGCAUUUGAAAUGGCAAAAGACGCUUUAGACAAUGGUGAAGUACCUGUUGGAUGUCUCAUGGUUUACAACAAUGAGAUUCUGGGAAGAGGAAGAAAUGAAGUAAAUGAAACAAAAAAUGCCACCCGACAUGCAGAGAUGGUGGCUAUUGACCAGGUUCUGGAGUGGUGUCAUUGCAAUGACAAGGACCCUGGAGAUGUGUUUGAGCGCACUGUUCUCUAUGUAACCGUGGAGCCAUGUAUUAUGUGUGCAGGAGCACUGCGCUUAUUGAGAAUUCCACUGGUUGUUUAUGGCUGUAAGAAUGACAGGUUUGGAGGCUGUGGGUCUGUGCUGGACAUCCCUGCUGAUAAUUUGCCACAGACUGGAGCACCAUUUAAGUGUAUUUCAGGAUAUAGAGCCGAAGAAGCUGUGGAAAUGUUAAAAAUGUUUUAUAAGCAGGAGAACCCAAAUGCUCCUAAAUCUAAAGCAAGAAAGAAGGACUAAUACAAGCACUCUCAGCACAGAGUCAUCAAACAGACCUGUUUAACCAGCAGGGGGCUCCAUCUGCUUGGGAAUAUAGCAGUUUUGUGAGGGAAAUCGAGAGUAGCAUAAAGAAAACAUGUAUACUAUUGAUCUAAACUUUAUCAAGCAAAGGUUGAUGCAGAGGCUUUUUUGCAACUAGGAAUUCCUCCUAGAUAAUCCCUCCUGUUUCUCAAGUUUCAUGACGUGCAACUACUUAUGUUUUGUAAAUGGGGUUGGAAUUUUACUUUUUGAAAGCAACAUCACAUUUAUUUUUUUAACAUAGAUUAAUUCAACAAGAAAAAAAAAUACUUUUAUGUAAUGGGUGUGUUUCAAAGAACCACUGCAUUUAUUUGUUGUGAUUUUUAUAGCUUAUUAUGGUCUUAAAAAGCCUGUGACAAUUGAGAGUUGUUUACACUUGUGUACUUGCCCACUGCAUCUUUUUAAAACAAAUAAAAUAUAUAUUUUUUUGUCAUUGAA